AUGGCGAUAGUUGUGUUACUGAUAGGAAUAUUAACUCAAACAAUAUUAGGUCAAGUUAUAAUAAAUACUGAACCUAAUGAACUAGUUGAUGGAGAAUCUGGUCAAGUUAUAAUAAAUACUGAACCUAAUGAACUAGUUGAUGGAGAAUCUGGUCAAGUUAUAAUAAAUACUGAACCUAAUGAACUAGUUGAUGGAGAAUCUGGUCAAGUUAUAAUAAAUACUGAACCUAAUGAACUAGUUGAUGGAGAAUCUGGUCAAGUUAUAAUAAAUACUGAACCUAAUGAACUGGUUGAUGGAGAAUCUGGUCAAGUUAUAAUAAAUACUGAACCUAAUAAACUAGUUGAUGGAGAAUCUGGUCAAGUUAUAAUAAAUACUGAACCUAAUGAACUAGUUGAUGGAGAAUCUGGUCAAGUUACAAUAAAUACUGAACCUAAUGAACUAGUUGAUGGAGAAUCUGGUCAAGUUAUAUUAAAUACUGAACCUAAUGAACUGGUUGCUGGAGAAUCUGGUCAAGUUAUAAUAAAUACUGAACCUAAUGAACUGGUUGCUGGAGAAUCUGGUCAAGUUAUAAUAAAUACUGAACCUAAUGAACUGGUUGCUGGAGAAUCUGGCAGUAUUACAUGUUCUUGUAACAAUGCUUAUACAAUAAUUAUAUCUCGAUAUGGGCAUGAUAGUAAUAUAGCUAACUGUUUUGUUUCUAUACGAGAACAAGAUUGUAAUAUCCUAAAUCCUUCAUCAUCAAACAACUAUACCGACUAUAGAGGAUUCUAUACAGCAUCUAAAACAACUACUAGUUUAACUAUACAUAUUGAUACAGUAUCUAAACAAAGAGAUGGUGGUAUCUGGAGAUGUAGAGUGGAUGAACUUCCAUCUGAAUCAUUUCAAAUCAAUAAAACUAUUAAUGUUAAAGGUAAUUCUAUGUUACUAGAGCUUCAUUAUUUCAUCUAG